AUGUUCGGGACUAAAGCGUUAAUUCUAGUACUAGUUCACUUUGUUUCGUUGAUGAGCUUCAGUUUGAAAUUUGAAUAAAACCAAGGCUAUGAAUAUUUUACUCAUUAUAUUCGCAAGACCAACAAAUAUAUUAUUUGUACCAAUCUGUAUCUUAAAUCUGAUACUAAACAUGUUUUUGUAUGGCUGUCUACUGCUGAUGUCGUACUUGAAACUUUAGAAUUAGAACAAGAUAAUUAUGUCGGAAAAAAAUUCAAUAGAUUGCACAUCUUACUUGAAGCUUAGCUGUCCAAUUUUAGGCACUUGAUUAAAUUCUAGUUAUCUAUCAACUUUGGGUUGCUCUAUAAACAAAGUAGUGCUUGGAGUGCAUUGCCAAUCAUAAACAUAUUUCUGCACUCCAUUAUUGUGUUAAUUUACUUCUACUUCUAUCGCAGUUAUCAAUUCAAUUAAUUGAGAUUGUAUAGAACAUAAAAUCUAAUAUCUUAUUGCUAUUAUCUGAUUGUGAUAUUUAUAGUAGCCAUAGAUUGGAACACAGACAUGCAGAUCCAGCCAUAUAUUUUUUGGUUGCUCAGCAUUUUCAAAUUGGUGGACAUAAUGUUGUUCCUGCCAUACAAGGUAACAUUUGAAACAAAGUCUAUAUUAUCCUUUUUGGGUUCCCUCUCCUAGAUCUACCCUUCAAUAAUUGGGAUAACAUCUUUGAGACUUUCCUCUUGGUAUUUCCAAUAUUCUUAUAUUUAUCUAAUCGCUUUAGGGCAGGAAAUUGAAGGAUUUAAUAUUAUGGACAUAAAGAAAUUGUGUUCGUCUUUAGAAGCUCUUGUUUGGUAUGUGGAGUAAGCCGGAAUGGAUUCAUAUAUAUUCAUGCUGUCUCUCUAUGUGUUGAAAUAUCACACUCAAAACUGCAAUGAUCCAAAUUGUGAAUGCAAAGAAGAUUUAUCUAAUCCAAAACUCAAAAUUAAGAAAGUAUGA